CAAUCCUUUAUUCAUGAUUGCACAUUUCCACCCAAGCUCUUUUCCACCCAUUUCCAUCCCCAUCUCUAUCACUCACACUAUGAAGGCCUGGUUGAUCCUAGUUCUCUUUAUAUCCAGUGCUCUAUCACAAGGCCAUGAAGAGUACGACGAGGAAAAUAUUGAGUUUCAUGCACAAGAUCCAGAAGAGUCAAUAGAGUUCAAGACACCGAGUGGAUCGGUCUGUCAUUAUGUUGAGGCACACGACCAUCAGUCAAUAGCAGCACUCUUCAUUGAUUGUGAGUGCAAGACAAUGGACAGACACACACAAAAAUACGGCUGCCUCUACAGUGGAAACCCAGAACAUAACUGCUUUGAUGUCCAAGUCAAUAGGGAAAAAUUCUUUAAGGAGAUUAUAACAAUUUUUGAAAGGGAUCAAGUAGAGGCCUGCUCAGUACUAGAAUUUGAUGCUGCAAACUACACAAGAACAUGUACAGCUGGAGUGGGGCCAGUCAUAAUGAAAAGAAGAGUACUUGAUGGGAUUGAUCCAUCAGGCUGCAACAAAAAACAUGAAGAACUAUAAAAAACAUUAUAUCUUGAUAUUAUUAUCUUAUUUUUCAUAAAUAAUAAUAAUAUAAGCAUCUUUGAAGUAUAGUUCCUAGUAAUCUCAAA